AUGUAUACCAGGGCCCUUGUCGCUCUGGUGGCAGCCACCUUUUCUGGCCAAGCCAUUGCUGGCCCUCGUGGCUAUGGCGCUCGCCAUGCGCUCGAGAAGAGAGCCCUUUUUACGGAGCGGGUGACUGUCACAGAUUGGGUGACCGUCACUGUCUACGAGGGUGACGAGACCAAGACCAGCCCCAAGGCCUUUUACACCCAUUCCCACAAGUUCAGGCCCCAGUCCAGCUCCGAGAGCACCACGACCUCCGAUCCGGCACCGUCCCCGGCUGUUCCUACCACCACCGUCGUUCAAGUCACAUCGACCAUUGUUGCUCCCGUGCAGAACACCCCGCCGCCCGUGGUUGAGGCUGUCCCGUCACCGAGCACCACAUCCGAGGUUGUUGUCAUCAACACCCCGCCUCCCCCGCCGCCGGCACCUUCUUCCACUGCGCCACCCGUUCAGAUUCCUGUCCCCAUCGUUGAGGUUGGCGGCGGAAACGGUGGAAGCGAUGGCAGCGGCAAUAACGCUGGAAGCGGCGAGGGCAAUGGCGGAAACACCGGCGCCAGCGGCAAACGUGGCCUCGUAUACAACAACCCCCAGUUGCUGAAGUCUCUCCUCAACGCUGGCACCAAGAUCUCUUGGGCUUACAACUGGGGCCAGUACGAUGACUCGGAUACCGACCUCGAGUUCUGCCCCAUGCUGUGGGGCCUGAAGCUUGACUUCCCCCAAGUGUGGCCCGCAAACGCCCAGAAGGCGAUCGAUGCCGGGUCUAAAUGCCUGCUCAGCUUCAACGAGCCGGAGCUCGAGGAGCAGGCCAACAUGACUCCGGAGCUUAGCGCCCAAAAGCACAUCGAGCUCAUGAACCCCUUCUCGGGCAAGGCUCGGAUCGGCUCCCCCGCCAUCACCAACGGCGGCGGGCCUAACCAUGGUAUCCAGUGGUUACAACGCUUCUUCACCGCUUGUGGUGGCAAUUGCGCCGUGGACUUCCUCAACAUCCACAUCUACGGCGUUGACACCAACACCUUCCUCAGCCACCUGCGCGACGUCCACGCUGCCUUCAACAAGCCUGUCUGGAUCACCGAGUUUGCCUUUGAUGGCUCCGACGACGAAAUUAACUCGCAGCUCGAGACGGUCAUCGACCAGAUUGAGACCAACGCGACGUAUUCUUUCGUUGAGCGUUACUCGUACUUCAUGGUCCAGGACGGUACCAUGGUCAAGGGCAACACACCCAGCGUCUACGGCAACACCUUUGCCUAUGGCGCUUAA